ACUGUACACCGUAAUACUAACAAAUUUUCCACACUUCCAGACCUGAGGUCUCCUAGAACUGACUCUGAAACAUGGAUUCUCAUGCCUUGCAAGACUUCCAAAGUGCACUCACAUGCUCCAUUUGCAUGAAUUACUUCUUAGAACCUGUCACCAUAGACUGUGGACACACCUUUUGCCGACCCUGCCUCUACCUCUGCUGGGAGGAAGCCCAAACACCCAGGUGCUGCCCUGAGUGCAGAAAAAUAGCAGAGAAGACAGACUACAGGACCAACACUGCCCUCAAGAAGCUGGCCUCUCUCACCAGACAGGCCAGACCUCGCUCUGUAAGCAGCUCUGGGGAGCAGCUCUGCAGGAGAAACGGGGAGACAAAGGGGCUCUUCUGCAAGGUGGACAAGAGCCUGCUCUCUGCACCCUGCUCUGAAUCACCCAAACACACAGUUCAUAGCUACAGCCCAGUGUCAUGCACGGAGGAGGAGAACAGGGUGAGUGAUGGCCAUGAAGAAAAAAAUGUAAAGGAAAUGGAUCAUUUAUGGCAAAUGACUCAGGAGAUGCAAGAUAAUCUAAAUGAAGAAAUUAGUAAAUCUCAAUCAUUUGUGUACUAUGUGGCCUUAAGGAAGAACAUGAUUCAAAUUCGGUAUCAAAUGAUGCAUCAAUUGCUCCUGGAGGAGGAGCGAUUUCAACUGGAAACAAUAGAAAGAGAAGCACAGGAGAUUGUGCAGCAACUCAGAGACAGUGAAAUCAGAAUGGCUCAACAGAGGGAAAGGCUGAAAGAAAUGUACAGGGACCUGACUGAGAUGUGCCACAGGCCUGACAUGGAGUUGCUCCAGGACUUAGGAGACAUAUUUAAAAGGAUUGAGUUGGUGCAGAUGCAGAAGCCCCAGCCAGUGAACCCUGAGCUGUCUUCAUCGCACAUCACUGGAAUCCUUGACAUGAUGAACAAGUUCAGAGUGAAUAACGGGACUAUUCAAGGAUGAGCCAAUCACUAUAUGAUCCUUUCUGAUGAAGUUAUAAAUAGGAUAUUUGGAGAUAAUGGUGCAACUGAAGAUCCU